AUGAACAAGAUCCGGAAGCUUUUCCGAGGUAGUGGGAGAGCUCUCGCGUUUAUAUUUGUUGCCUCUGUCAUUUGGUUGAUCUUUGACAUGGCAGCUCUCAAGCUUUCAUUCAGUGAGAUCAACACCAAGGUUCUGAAAGAUGAGAUGAUCAGGAGGGAAAGGGAAAGAUUCAAAGUUUGGCGAAACCUAGAGAAGGCCCCUGAAAGCUCCAGAAGGGAACCAAAACCUCCCCCGAAAGGCUUUGAAAGGGGGAGAUUUAGUAAAGAGAAAUACAGAAAUAUAGAAGAGAAAGUGGUAGAGGCUGAAAAUGAAAUAGACAAACAGAAUGAAAAGAGAACACCAAAACCAACAGAAAAGAGAAGCAUGGCCUAUAAGAAAAUGAUUGUUCCACUUGGGACAUUCUCAGUGAAACUGCUGAGCCCCUAUCCCUCUGUUCCCAUGGAAAAGAAAGAGAGAAAAAAGCCUGUAAAGGCUGUAAACUCCACAGACCUGCUGGGAACAAAGCAAACUGUUCCCAAAAGGCUUCAGCAGACCCCAGUAGCUGCAGCAACGGGGAGAUCAGUUGUCAAACAAACACACAACACAGCUACUGUAAGAAACAAAGUUGCACAGAAAGAGAACCAACCUGUAACUAAGGCAUCAAAGGGCAUUGAAGGAAAUUUAAAAAUUGAGAUUACAGAUAAAAUCCCUUUGGCUGGAUUAAAACAGGAAUUGCAAAUAGAGGCAAACCCCAAGGAACCUCAGAAUAAACCCCCAGUACCAGAUUUGCCAAUUCCUGGGCAAAUCAUCCUUGUAAAGCAAAACAGGAUUGGGGUGAAAGCAAUAAAUGGCACCGAACACAAAGCAAACAGGAGUUUGGAUGUACCUGUCAGCAAGCUGGCUGCUGCAAACAGUGCCGAGAAAAAGGGAUUGUCCACAAAGAGAAAGCUGCCGAAGGAAGAUAAAACAAAAGCUGCUCAUGAAAAGAAACUAACUUUCUCUGAAAAUCAGUUUGUCAUUAUUAGUAAAGAAGGUAUAAAAAUCAACAUCCCAGCAACCCAGAAUCUUGUAGCUGAUUCUAAAGGAAAUUUUACAAUGAGAUUGAAAAUGAGAAAAGAACAGCAAUUUAUUAGCAACAAAAGUGAGGAUGCCCCUAACAUGAACUCUGUAACCAAGACUGCUGAGCUUAAUGGUCUAACUAAGAAAGCAAUUUUGACUGAAGGUCCGGAGCUAACAAAAGUUCACAGUGUCGGGUUAGAUGAUCAGGAGCAAUUAAGGAAAAGAAAUCGAAGCAGCUAUACGGUCCACUUUACAAGGGACACUGGGAUGCACAAAGUCUUAACGAUUGAUGUAACACUUUCCCCGAGAGAUCCCAAAGCUCCCGGUCAGUUUGGGCAUCCCGCUGCAGUCCCUGACGAUAAGCAAGAAGAGGCGAAAAGUAGAUGGAAGGAAGGAAACUUCAAUGUCUAUCUGAGUGAUUUGAUCCCUGUAGACCGAGCCAUUGAUGACACAAGGCCUGCCAGGUGUUCAGAACAACUGGUUCACAAUGACCUUCCAACUACCACAAUUAUCAUGUGUUUUGUGGAUGAAGUGUGGUCCGCUCUUCUACGCUCCGUUCACAGUGUCCUCAAUCGAUCUCCUCCUCACCUGAUUAAAGAGGUUAUUCUGGUGGAUGACUUCAGCACAAAAGAAUACCUCAAGGAUAGCUUGGACAAAUAUAUGUCACAGUUUCCAAAGGUUCGGCUCCUUCACCUCAAAGAAAGACAUGGUUUAAUACGAGCCAGACUAGCAGGGGCAGAGAUUGCUAAAGGUGAUGUAUUGACAUUCUUAGAUUCUCAUGUGGAAUGUAAUGUAGGAUGGUUGGAACCACUUCUGGAAAGAGUCCGUUUAAACAGAAAGAAAGUAGCGUGCCCAGUUAUUGAAGUAAUCAGUGACAAGGACAUGAGUUACAUGACAGUGGAUAACUUUCAGCGUGGGAUUUUUACCUGGCCAAUGAAUUUUGGAUGGAGGCAGAUUCCUCCAGAGGUCAUUGAGAAAGAUAAAAUCAAGGAAACCGAUAUCAUAAGGUGUCCCGUAAUGGCAGGUGGAUUAUUUUCUAUUGAGAAGAAGUAUUUUUUUGAACUUGGAACGUAUGAUCCUGGCCUGGAUGUUUGGGGAGGUGAAAAUAUGGAGCUUUCAUUCAAGGUCUGGAUGUGCGGAGGAGAAAUUGAGAUCAUCCCAUGCUCCAGAGUUGGACAUAUUUUCAGGAAUGACAACCCGUACUCCUUCCCUAAAGACCGGAUAAAAACAGUGGAGCGGAAUUUGGCACGUGUUGCCGAGGUCUGGUUAGAUGAGUACAAAGAAUUGUUCUAUGGACAUGGUUACCACUUAAUCCAGAAAAACCUGGAUGUUGGAGACUUGACUCAACAAAUAGAACUGCGGAAGAAGCUUAAGUGCAAAAACUUCAAGUGGUAUCUGGAGAACAUCUACCCAGACCUGGAAGCUCCUCUUGUUAAAGCCAGUGGGCUGAUUGUUAACAUAGCCAUGGCUAGAUGCAUUACUGUGGAAAACUCCACUCUGGCCUUUGAGACUUGUAACAUUAGCAACAAGAACCAGAAGUUCAACUACACUUGGCUGAGACUAAUAAAACAUGGGGACUUCUGCAUAGCACCAGUAGAUGCAAAGAGAACACUGGGCCUGUACCCUUGCGAUAACAGAAACAAUAGCCUGAAAUGGUUGCAUAAAUCAUUGGUGCCCUUUCAACCAGAACUGAUGGAUCACAUGGUUUUAGAACACCUUCAGCAGCCAACAUGUUUGGAAGUGGAUCAGUCUCACAAAAUCCUGAGGGUUAAUGCCUGUGAUGCCUCAAAUCCUUAUCAGAAAUGGCAGUUUGGAAAUUAUUAUGCUGACUGAAGAGAAAACGAUCAAAACAGAAACAGAGAAUUCAAAGCGUGUGAAUUCAAGAAUGACAUCUGUGAGACUUGUGACAGCAAUUACAAAAUUGGAGGUUCAUUUCCUAAUGGUAAUUUAAAUCCAUCAUUUUAAAUCACCAUAUUGAGAGAUCAAAAUAUCAAGCAACAGCACAUCUGGUUUGAUAUGGUUUAAAACAUUCAGGCAUAUUUUCCACUCACUGUGGGGCACUUGGGGAAGGUUGAGUGAAAGUUUUUUCAGUAAAUGGAAAUACUUUCUAAAGUGCCUCAUGCCCACCUUAAGCAGACCUUCACUGACUGGCUUCAGAGAGAUUAAUGCCAGCUACCAGAAAUAGUUCCAGGGUUCAACUCCUAUGACUGCACAUAGCAUCUUGUGCUGCUGUUCCUACCAAAUUGAAUUCACUGAUUCUGAAAGGUAGGUACCUGGAGCCACUUUUGAAGCUUGGUUUCCCAUGACAAGAGCCCAUCUUUAAUCACAAAAAAUAUAAAUCUUUAAGCACUUCUA